GUUCCGCAAGGAUGUUGGAGAAAUAUUCUGGGACUUCACUUCAGCAUGAGGGAGCAGACGCACAAUGGGUGCAGCCGGAUCAGGGUCUGGUGAGUUUUGAGGACGUGUCUGUGGAUUUCUCAGAGGAGGAGUGGGCUCUGCUGGAUCCAGGCCAAAGGGCCCUGCACAGGGAAGUCAUGGAGGAGAAUUAUGGGAACCUGGCCUCUCUCGGGUGGGAGACCAAGAGCACAAAAGAUCAGAGAAGGAAAACUGAAGCAAAGAAGAAAGGAAGGAAGGAAUCCGGCAUAACUGAAGGCGUCAAAUUCACUCCAAUCCAAGAAGAAAAUCACAAAGGAAAGAAAAAGAUGAAUAUACCUUCCCGGGCAAACAGCUUAAGUGGCACAUCAAAAGGCGUAACAGAACAGAGAAUGCAAAAUGAAGAGAAACAGUGGAAGUGGUCAGAAUACAGGAUGGGCAUCAACAAAAUCCUUAUUUUCCAUGCAAGACUGCAGUUGGAGAACACAUUUCACAGAUGCGCAGUAUGUGGAAAAGGUUUCAGAAAGAAGGGCAACCUUAUCGUACAUCAGAGACUGCACACUGGAGAAAAGCCAUAUACAUGCUCUGAAUGUGGAAAAGGUUUCACUCGCUACUCAGGCCUUGCUUCCCAUGAAAGAAUUCACACAGGGGAGAAACCAUAUAAAUGCACCAAAUGUGGAAAGAGUUUUGGUCACUUUUCCAGCCUUGCUUAUCAUGAAAGACUACACACAGGGGAGAAACCAUAUACAUGCUCUGAGUGUGGGAAGAGCUUCACAAUCUUCUCAUCCCUCACUUCCCAUCAAAGAAUCCACACAGGAGAAAAACCAUAUAAAUGCUCUGAGUGUGGAAAGUGUUUUAGUCAUCAUUCAAGUCUUACUUCCCAUCAAAGAGUUCACACGGGGAAAACCUCAAAUAAAUGCUUGGAAUGUGGAAAGAGUUUCAGCCACAGUGAAAGCUUUACUUACCAUCAAAAAAUCCACACAGCAGAGAAAUUAUAUAAACGCCCAGAGUGUGGAAAGAACUUCAGAAACCACUUUACUUUUAGUACAUUCCACAUCAGGGAAAAACCAUAUAAGUGUACUAAGUGCAGGAACAGUUUCAGUCGCCCUUCAAGCCUUGCUUAUCAUCAAAGAAUUCACACAGGGGAGAAACCGUAUAAAUGCACCAAGUGUGGAAAGAGUUUCAGUCACUUUUCAAGCUUUGCUUAUCAUGAAAGAAUCCACACAGGGGAGAAACCAUAUACAUGCCCAGAGUGUGGAAAGAGGUUCACAGUCUGCUCAUCCCUUGUGUCUCAUCAAAGAAUACACACAGGGACAAAACCAUAUAAAUGCACUGAUUGUGGAAACAGUUUCACUCACCCCUCAAGCCUUGCUUCUCAUCAAAGAAUUCACACAGGGGAGAAACCAUACAAAUGCUCUGAGUGUGGAAAGAGCUUCACUUACAGCUCAGGCCUUUCUUCUCAUCAAAGAAUCCAUACAGGGGAGAAACCAUACAGAUGUUCAGAAUGUGGAAAAAACUUCAGUCACUGCUCAGGCCUUGCUUCGCAUCAAAGAAUCCAUACAGGGGAGAAACCAUAUAAAUGUUCUGAAUGCGGAAAGGGCUUCACUUACAGCUCGGGCCUUUCUUCUCAUCAAAGAAUCCAUACAGGGGAGAAACCAUACAAAUGCUCAGACUGUGGAAAGAGCUUCAGUCACUGCUCAGGCCUUGCUUAUCAUCAAAUGGUCCACACAGGGGUAAAACCCUAUAAAUGCUCUGAGUGUGGAAAGAGCUUUGGUCAUAGGGGAAAUCUUACUUCCCAUCAAAAGAUCCAUACAGGGGUAAAACCUUACAGAUGCUCUGAGUGUGGAAAAAGCUUUGGUCACAGCUCAGGCCUUUCUUCCCAUCAGAGAAUCCAUACAGGGGAGAAACCAUAUCAGUGCUUGGAGUGUGGAAAGAGUUUCAGUCACAGCUCAGGCCUUGCAUAUCAUCAAAUACUCCAUACACAGGAGAAAUUAUAUAAGUGCUCCGAGUGUGGAAAGAGCUUCAGUCACAGCUCAGGGCUUGCUUCCCAUCAAAGGGUCCAUACAGGAGAGAAACCCUAUAAAUGCUUAGAGUGUGGAAAGAGCUUCAGGCAGAGCUCAAGACUCACUUCCCAUCAAAGAAUCCACACAGGAGAGAAACCAUAUCAAUGCUCAGAAUGUGAAAAGAGCUUCAGUCAUGACUCAGGUCUUGCUUCGCAUAAAAGAGCUCACACAGGGGAGAAACCAUUUAUAUGCUCUGAGUGUGGAAAGAGAUUCAGUACGGUGUCCAUUCUGAGCAGGCAUCAAAGAACGCAAAAUCGGGAGAAACUGUUCCAAUGGUCAGAGGGUAGGAAGAGCUUCAGUCACAGCUCAAGCCUCACUUUCCGUCGACGAAGCCAUUCUGGGGUGAAACCUUUUAAGUGCUCAGAGUGUGGGAAGAAUUUCAGUCACAACUCAACUCUCGCUUCCCAUCAGAGAAUCCACACUGGGGAGAAACCAUACAAAUGCACAGAAUGCGGGAAGAGUUUCAGUCACAGUUCAAGCUUUAAUUCCCAUCAAAGGAUCCACACAGGAGAGAAACCAUAUACUUGUUCGGAGUGUGGGAUAAGCUUCAGUCAUAGCUCAAGCCUUACAACCCAUGAAAGACUCCACACAGCAGAGAAACCAUACACGUGCUCUCAGUGUGGCAAAAGCUUCAUUCACAGCUCGGGUCUUGCUUACCAUCAGAGAACCCACACAGGGGAGAAACCGUAUAAGUGUUCAGAGUGUGGGAAAAGCUUCAGUCGCAGCACAAACCUUACUUCCCAUCAAAGAAUCCACACAGGGGAAAAACCAUACAAAUGCUUAGAGUGUGGAAAGAGCUUCAAAGUGAGCUCAAACCUUACUUCUCAUCAAAGAAUUCACACGGGAGAGAAGCCGUAUACGUGUGCUGAAUGUGGAAAGAGCUUCAGACAUAGCUCAAACUUCGCUUCCCAUCAAAAAAUCCACACAGGGGACAAACCUUAUAAAUGUUCAGAGUGUGGAAUGGGCUUCAAUCAGAGUGCAAGCCUUACUUCCCAUAUAAGAACACACACUGGGGAGAAACCAUAUAAAUGCCUGGAGUGUGGAAAGAGCUUUAGUCAUAGCACAAAUCUUACUUCCCAUCAAAGAAUUCACACAGGAGAAAAACCCUAUAAAUGUUCCGUGUGUGGAAUGAGCUUCCGCCAGAGUGCACGCCUAACUUCCCAUCGAAGAAUCCACACAGGAGAGAAACCAUAUAAAUGCUCAGUGUGCGGAAGGAGUUUCAGUCAGAGUUCAAGUCUUACAUCACAUCAAGGAAUCCACACUGGGGAGAAACCAUAUAAAUGUUCAGUGUGUGGGAAGAGCUUCAGUCAGAGCUCAAGCCUGGCAUCCCACCAAGGAAUUCAUACAGGAGAGAAACCGUAUAAAUGUUCAGAGUGUGGGAUGAGCUUCCGUCAAAGUUCACGCCUUACCUCACACCAAAGAACCCACACAGGGGAAAAACCAUACACCUGUUCAGAGUGUGGGAAGAGCUUCAGUCAAAGCUCAAACCUUAUAUCCCAUCAAGGUAUCCACAUGGGAGAGAAACCUCAUAAAUGCUCGGAGUGUGGGAAGAGUUUCAUUCGGAAGGAGUACCUUACUUCCCAUCAAAGGAUACACACUGGGGAGAAACCAUAUGCGUGCCCAGACUGUGGGAAGACCUUCCGUCAGAACUCAAGCCUUACUUCUCAUCAGAGAACUCACACGGGGGAGAAACCAUAUAGCUGCUCGGAGUGUGGAAAGAACUUCAGUAAGAGGUCAAGCCUUACCUGCCAUCAGAAAAUCCACACAGGGUACAAACCCUAUAAAUGCCUGGAGUGUGGAAAGAGCUUUCUUUGGGAAUCAAAACUGAAGAGACAUCAAAGCAGUCACAGAGGGGAGAAACCACGUAAAUCCUCAGAGCAUGGGAAGCACGUCAUUCAGGACACUCACCUUACUUCGCAUCAGACUACCCACAUAGAAGUUAAAACAGAGACCUGUACAAAUGGUGACAAUGAAGAAAAGCCUUCAGACAUAACUCAGGUCUUGGAACCUUUGAAGAAUCCACAUAAGACAGAAAUAAUAUAA